AUGAAUACUUUUUCUGCUACUCCCUAUAAAGUGGUCUUGGUUGGGUCCAUGUCAACAGGUAAGACUUGUAUUCAAUCGUGGAUGAAAGACAAAAUAUUUUCAGAGACCCCAAUGCCGACUAUAGGUGCUUGUUAUUUUCGAUAUUCUGUACAAAUACCAAACUAUAAGUGCACAAUAUUAGAUGUCUGGGAUACAAGUGGAGACGAACGGUAUCGGAAUGUGAUGCCAAUAUACUUUCGCGACUGUGACGGUGCUAUUGUAGUCUUUGACCUUUCAAAUCGGGAGACAUUUAAUGACUUAGACUUUUGGGUCGAUAUGGUUCGUUUGAACACAGACAACGACAUCCCAAUAAUAAUAGUUGGCGCAAAGUCGGACCUCACACAUGAAGUUACAACAGAGGAGUUGACUCGUUUCUGCUUGGACAUACAGUGUACUUACAUCCUUUGUUCUUCAAAAUUAGGGUACAACAUCGAGGAGUUGUUUAUAGAAGUUGCCAAAUUGGUUUCAACACGCCAGCCAAAGGGGUAUUCUCCUGUACAAGACCAUGUAGUUCCUCUUGAAGACUCUGUUAUUAAAGAGUCUCCCUGUUGUUAG